AUGGGUGGGGGACAGCUUUGCGAUCAAAUUUGGUAUUGGGGGAAUGUUGACAAGUCUACAGUUUCUGAGGCGAUGCAGGACCAGCCCGAGGGGACAUUCAUGGUUCGUGAUGCAUCAUCUCCAGGAGAUUACACCCUUAGCGUCAGAUUCGGUGGCCACACGAAGUUAGUGCGGAUACACGUGCACAAGGGACGUUGUGGUUUCGCGCUAGAGUCGCUUACACACGAUUCUGUUGUGAGCCUUAUCGAAUUUUACAGAAAUCGUUCGCUUAGAUGCUAUAACGCACAGCUUGAUGUUUGUCUCCGGUACCCUUUGCCAAGAAGAAAGAAUUCCGUUCGCACACUAGAGACGCAUUUUGCUGCAACGUCUGUCCCGUCACCAAAGACAACUUUUUCUCCAGAUUGGGAACUUCGACUGGGGUUGGAACGCCUUCGUAUAUGUCAAACAGCGGUCGAUCGUGCUGCUCGUCUAUUCGAUGCCGUUCAUCAAGAAAAAAGGCUAGCAGAUGAUCUUCACUACGAAUUUACACAAGCGAUAUUGGAUUUGGAUAGGAAGGUGAGGGAGCUCGAAGAUGUUUUGAAUACACUUCAAGGCUGUGACGAAAUGACUGACCAAAGUGACUCGAAGCGGAGUCAAGCGUUCAAGGCGAAUUCUGAGAUAAUCGUGAACGCUAUAAAGCGUUUAAAAGAUGAGCAUGACCUCGUAAUGGAUCGUCGUAAGAAGGUCAACAAGAUUAUAGAGGAUCUUACACAGUCAGCGGCACAUGCGAAGGAACGUCUAGUUUCCUGUCACAAUAGUCGCAAUCAAUCGUACGCGGAACUGUUCAAAAAAGGUGUCCCAAAGAACCAGUUAGUAAGCACAAUCGAGAUUUCCACGAGUAUGCUGGAAAAAGAAUCGAUGCAGGCCAGCGAACUACUUGCUGAUAUACGACUACCAUGGGAACCAGAGCAGUACCUCGUGAACGACCCCUCGAAAGACGCCGCAGCAACGUUAAUUUUGCGCGCCAGAAGUCGAGUUAUUGAGAAGAUGGGCCGAAUCGUUGGUACAGAUGGAAUAUUCUUGAUUCGACCUUCAGCUUCACAGGCUAAUAAACUGGUGCUAAGCGUUCUUCAUGGUGAGAGGGUGUCGCACUGUCUCAUAGGACAAACUCCACAGGGAUGGGGAUUCGAAAAUGGCGGUGUUUACUUUGUAACGAUUGAUUGUCUCGUGCUUUGUGUGCAUCCGGAUGCGCAGAUCCUUUUUAGUGGAAGGAUAGAUGGAAUGAAGGUGUCAUUUGCUAGUUUGUGGGAUCGAGUGCGAUCCAGUGCUCAUCAACUGUUCGGAAAUCAUGAAACCCUCGUUGAGGAUCGAAGUGUUUCAGGAGAAGAAGCAGAUCGUGCUACUGAUUCAGCUUCGAGUCCUAGAUCGCUGAACACUGACUACACUGAGUUGAUGGGUGGUAGUGUACCUUGUCCAUCAUGCAAAGGUACCGGACGAAUCCCGAAAGAGAUGGAAGAGACAUUGGUUGCACUGAUUCCGUUCAAUGACGAUCGUUUGAAGCCGAAACGAACGUGGUUUUGGGUGCUUGUUGGAAUCGCGAUGUGCACACUCCUUGCAUCCGUUGCCAUUUUUAUGCUGGUACCGCGUGCAGUCGAUUUGUACAGUAACAGACCUGCUAUCAACAUUAUUCACAAUUAUGUUAACAUCUCGAAUUCCAAUUACUACAUCGUUCAAGUUGUUAACACUUCCGCUACUAUAAUAUCUAAAUUUCAACCGUGGUCAAGCGAAGUCAUCGGUUCGGGAUUGAAUGCUAGCACGAUAUCUGUAGCUCCUCUUAGCCAUGGGAAUAAUCAGCUCAUGUUCAACAACUCUGUAACUCUCACUGAUGUCGUCGCAGAAUAUUGUCAAGCGCCGUUCUCGCGACUCACAUCCCUUUACGUGAACAUGCAGUUUGAUAUUGUCGUUGCCCUUGUCUACUUCAAUCAUCGUGAGCAGGAUAGAUUAAUGACGGAUUCAUCUGAUGAUAUUGUUGUAGAACAUUUCGAUCCCAAUACCUUUACUCCGCUUCCUUUGGAGCAUAUUCGUCCGCCAUGGAACAAAUACCAUCCGUUGGAGUGUGAUGCGAAACAUUGGGAAAUAUUUGUGGAAGCACUGGAAUCAUUCGAUCAAGACACUAUUCUUGAGGGGAAAGAUGAUUUCAUAGUUACCAUCGAAACCUUGCUUCCUUAUCUUGCUGCAUGUUUUUCUAAGCAUACCGAUGGUGAUUCCAACGCAGAGAAGGAUAUUUGUUCGAGGGUAUUGAUUUGGUUAGAAGUCUGUCUUAGCAAAGAUGUACAAGCUUUCGAAGAGGUCAAAAAGCUGCGCGACAUUGCUUUUAACAUCUUGAAAGCGGUUGCAAACUCUUCGAGGGACUUCGGGCAAGGACUAAUUGAAUCAGGGUUGAUCGAACUUUUGGUUGAAGUAAUAGAAGAUCCAGGAUGCGCAGACGUACAAGUUUCGGCGCUUCAUUCGCUUUUUCAGCUGAUUUCUUCACCUACUAUUUGGCGUGAGACGAACAACCGUCUUUGCGAAGACAAUUUUGAGGACCCCCAUGGAACACUUUAUUCGAGAUUGGUCGCCGUGACAGUAGCAGAUAAUUCCUUCCCUUGUAAGAAGAUACUAAAGCUCAUAACACUUAUUGUGUCUUGGUCACGAUUCGUAACCUCUCUCACUCAGCUGGAGGUCAUCGCAAAAGACAUGUUUUCUAAAAUUUCGAACGCUUCAUGUUCGGGUAAUUUGCCGGUGGAUGACAUCACGGAGAAGUGGUACAAUUUGCAGAUCAGCUUGGAUCUUUUGCGGGAUUAUAUCAUUCAACUUGAUGACAGCAAAACCUGCGCGACCUUUGACGUUUAUGCUGUACUCCAUUCGAGCGGCCUACUUGACAUAUGUGUGAAGCUACUCAGCAUCAGACGAGUUGUUGACAAUUGGCCAGAUGCUCUACAUUUUAUAUGGUAUCUGCUUUGUGAUAGAUAUUACGGCACACUGUACAUCACGGAUUAUCCUGAACUGAGCUCUUUGUUUACAGCGCUGAAAAAACUCGCUGAGAACCAGCAAGUAACAGAAGCAUCAAUGGAUCCGGCUACCUUCAACGAGGGAGUCUGGGAAUUCGAUGAUAAGUUUCCGGAGGCUAAAGAAGUACAUUUGACUCUCGUCUACAGACUUUACGCGCUUCACCUACUUGACAGGAUGCGCGGCUGCUCGGCAACUUUGCGUCACUGCAUUGAUGACGAUCAGCGAUUAUCCGCAUUGAUCUCGCUAUGCGAGCUUUGCAACGAAGCGAACGGUCGAGCGCGACGAGAAGUGAUUUGGAUUUUGGCUCAAAAAUAUAUUCAUUACAUAUCGGAUGCGAUAGAACUUGUUCAUAAUAACCAUGAUGUGCGGUCGUCGACCUGCUUUACCCUAUCAGUGCAUCUUCUCGCCCUUGUUGUCGCAGAAGCCGAUGACCCAAAGUUUUGGAUUAAGCAGACGAAAACAUUCUCACAUUUAGUCGCAAAAGGAUGUAUCCUUCCUAGUGAUCAUCGGAGGCUCAGUGAAUAUUUGAGUCCGUUCUCCGAUCAGUCUAUUCAACAUAUUGGAGAUAGUCGUCCGGAUGUAAUUGCAGGACUUUUUGAGAAGAUAAGCGCAGUUAUGGUCCCCAAAAUUAAAUUGGAUCCAGCAGCCAUUACAUAUAUUCGAGCCAUUGAAGCGGCGCUAUUUCACACUGAUGAUAUCUCACGCCUUGAGAUGUAUCACACUAUGGGACGCGGAGGAAUUUUCGAGGGAAUUACGACUUGGCUUUUUGAGCUUGUACAGUAUCGUCAUGUUAUGUGGCAAAUGGGUGAACCUCUAUCCAGCGAGGAUUCGAAAACAUUCCUGACAUUUGCUUUACCCGUUCUACGGAUAUUUGCUGCCUAUUUUCGCACAUGUGGUGAUCUUGUUGGUCAAAUUAUUCGUAAGGGAAAAUCUCGACGAUUUAUGGAGAACGGUGACCACUUCGUUGAGUUGCGACCAAUGAACGAUAUUUUGUUGGAUUCACUUUUUUUAAUGUGGAGUACAACAGGCGGAGCAAACGGGCAGAACUAUACCGAAGAGUGUAAAACAAUCCGGUCAGCUGUCCUAAACGUGUUAACGCCAUCGCUUUUCAUUGAAAAACCACUUUCGCGGUUAAUACGACAUAUCCUUCUUCGAAGUUGUGCACGCCCACAUUUAUUUCCGGCUGCCCUCAGUCUUCUCACCGCUAUAGCUCCAUGGGCACCGCCGUUGUUUCUUUCCAAGACCGAUGUGAUAGUAUGGAAAGAUGUAGUCAUUGGUCAUCGUCAAAGGGUGAAACGAUUUGUAAAUGCUUUCAUUUCGUGCGAAAACAGAGGCGACAUUGCAGAGGUACUUCUGUCGCCAAAUGCUUACAUUUCCGAAAUGUCACUUGCGUUUGUUGAGCGAAUGUCGGCUUUAGAUUACCGUCUCACUCACGACCUCGUAAGAACCCUAAUGAAAUAUAUUGCGACGUCAAUCAAGUGUAAAACUCCUUUACACGUUAAAGACAAAACUACAACGGGCUCAUCGGUUGCCGAGGAUGAAGCAAAACAAAAUGAGGUUAUUGCCUCGAAUCAUGCAUCUAGUUUUAUGGUUCGAAUGAUUGAGGCGUUAGAACGUCUGUGUGGUAUCAACAAUUUUCGGAUAGUUCUUCACUAUUUUCUGAGUCAACCACGUCAUUUGCAUCUUCUUCUACCUAUACUAUGUCAAUUCGAAAGACCUACCCUCGAAAGUGGCAGACAGCAGCGGUUUCAAACUGCGGUUCUCGAUCUAAUAACUGGCAUAUGUACGCCAUCGUUCUGGAGAGGUGAACAGCCAGAUGCAAAAGGUGAUGGAAGUGAUUUCGUUGAAACCUAUGCCUUGAGCAACUGUGGAAGUCCUGAGGCUGAGGACGUCCCAUUAUUUGAAGAAGUGGAUGAGGUCGUUAGCGUGGAGGCUACGUCUCCAGAUGGUCAAAAGGAACCCGUUGAAGGCGAGAACGAGGAGCCGUUAGAGGUUCGCGAAGAGACUGAAGAUAAUCAACUACUUUCGAAUUGCUUGGAAGCGAUUAUGCUUGCGCUGUGUCGAAUGCUGAAUGACGCUGGCCAAAAGAUUAGCAUAGUUCAGCAAGCUCUUGUGAUGUUAAAGGAUGCUAUUUCGAGCAUUGAACAGGAAGAAAACUCAUUGUUUCUGAAUAUUAUGCGUAUCUGCAUGAUGCGCGUAGGCUUACGUCCUCUGUUCGAGCGUCUCAGCCAGUCCUUUGAGAGCGAAGAUAUAAUGACUUGUUUGUCUGGCAUCACCGUUGUUCUUGACAAAGUUGCAGGGGAUAAAGCAGCAAUACUACAGAAAAUCCUUGGAUUUUCACCGUCAGAGCAUCCUCUGACUUCAAUUAUUUCUCAUGUUAACAGCAAAGAUGGAAAUGAUGAGACCGUUAAAUGUGUGCAGCAGAUACUGGACAAAUUUUUCCAAUCGCUGAAUGACGGUUCAUUAGGUGAAGAUUCAGUUGAAUGGGAAGAUUUGACAGCGCCAAUGGUUUAUGGGAAAAUUACAGAUGUUGUUAAACUCUAUAGCAAACCGUUAGUGCAGGUGUUGGAUAGCGUGCAAAAAGUACAUGAAAAGACAAGAGCAGUGUCAAGGAUACUGGUUCAUCAAAAGAGCACUCCUGGGACUCGGAUGGGUAGUGAAGUAGCAAAAGUGAUCGAAGAUAGCAAAGGAAAAGAAAAGGCUGUUCUGAAGAUACUCAAGUCCAAAAUGGAUCUUGUGGACGACGAUCCUCAAAAUCCACGCAAAAAACCGCGUAUCUCGUGA